AUGAGAUUGGCUAAGCCCCAUCUUUCGCCCAGCUUGCCCACCGGAUUUCCACAGCUGCCCCCGUUGUCGCCAGUUUGGGAAUUCCAACCCGCCCGUGAUGGGAGCAACGAAUCCCUCGAUCGCGACCAGUGCCAUGCCGCAUUUCCCGGCCUCUUCGAAGACAUCGUCCGCGCCGCGGCGUAUUGGCGGUCUCACGGCGCUCUCUCUUCCGCGGAGUUGGAUCUUAUUCGGCUGGAACAAGGCAUGGCACGGGCAUUCAUCCACCGGGGCGAAUUACAUGUGGUCGCGGCGCGCGCAAAGGGCGAGGAUCAUCGCCAGAAAAUAUUAGCUGUGUUGAGUUCGAUUCAUCGUGCGCUGGUCGCGGACCCCAAUCGAGCUGUCCGGCCGAAUAUUGAGUUCGUCUUUUCAGUCGAGGACAAGGUGGAAGAUGUAACUGACCCAGUGAAUCCUGUCUGGGUGUUGGCGCGGUCUGCCACGGAGGAAGCUGUCUGGCUGAUGCCUGACUUUGGAUACUGGGCGUGGUACAAUCUCCAGAACUCGAUCGGACCCUAUGAUCAAGUGGUGGAGCGUGUCAAGCGGACCGAUGUUACUUGGGCAGAAAAGAAGCAGCAGUUGGUUUGGCGCGGAAAACCCAGUUUUGCCCCGAAGCUGCGUCGCGCCUUGAUGGAGGCUACUCGGGAUCAACCAUGGGGUGAUGUCAAGCAGGUGGACUGGCAUGACCGAACCAACGUCAUGCACAUGGAGGAUCACUGCCGUUAUAUGUUCAUUGCACAUGUGGAAGGCCGGUCGUAUUCCGCUUCUCUCAAAUAUCGCCAGGCCUGCAACUCGGUUAUAGUGGCCCACAAACUCCAGUACAUCCAGCAUCACCACUACCUCCUUGUUUCCCAGGGUCCGGACCAGAACUAUGUGGAAGUGGAGAGAGACUUCAGCGACUUGUCAGAAAAGAUGAGCCCUCUCCUAAACGAUUCGAGUCAGGCCCAGCGAAUUGCCGACAACAGUGUGCGAACUUUCCGCGACCGGUACUUGACCAAGGCAGCCGAGGCCUGCUACUGGCGGGCGCUUUUCGAAGGGUAUGCGAGUGUAUGGAAUAGCACCGUGCCCCUGUGGUCAGAAAUCUACCAGCGUGAACGAGGCCUGCGAUACGAGUCCUUCAUUUUAUUAGAAAGCCCGAUGAUGUUCGAAUUUAAAGCGACCGGAAGGCAUAUGCCGUGA